AUGGAGCCUACAACAUCAAUAGGUACUGAGGGAAGUGUUCAUCUGCAUAUUUCUGAGCUUAACAGAAAGCUCAGUAAAACAGGCAGUUCUAGUCCUGUUCAAGGUACAAACCUUGAACCACAAAGCUCCAUUGAGACAGAAAACACAAACAGCACAGGAGAUUCAAUCAGGACUGCAAGGAAAGUGCCGGGAAUUCGCGCGCCAGAAAAGAAGCUGACCCUUUUUGCUCUGAGGCUUGCUGUGUUAGAGAAAGCAGCAACUGGAUUGGGAACACUUGGUUUCAUAUGGGCAACUGUUGUUCUUCUUGGUGGUUUUGCUAUCACUUUAGACAGAACUGACUUUUGGUUCAUAACUACUAUCUUGUUGAUUGAAAGUACUAGGAUAUUUAGCAGGAGUCAUGAGCUUGAAUGGCAACAUCAGUCAAUAUGGUCCAUUUCUCUGGUAGGGAUCAGCAGUUUUCGCGCAAUCAAAUCGAGUUCUCAUUUUGUUGUCAAAGUUGUGAAGAGGAUUUUUAGGCCUAUUGCAGCACUUGGAAAUCCAAACAGGGGAGAAAGCAGGGAGAUUUCACAAAAUGCCAUCCAGGCCAAGCGCAAGAAUUUUCAACAGCAGAGGAUGCCAACAAGAACAUGGAUCACUUCAGAAGUUCCUCUUGUUCCAUACAGUGGAUGGAUGUUCAUAUCAAGAAAUGUCAGCAAAGUUCUAUAUGGAUUGCAACUCGCUUCUGCGACCGCCUGUGUUGUACUCUCUUUGAUGAAGCUGAUCAAGCAGAAUUUUGGGGAACUGGAGAAGGGAGACUCGGAUAAGAGGAACAGGAAGGCGGCGUUGCUUAUAUUCUAUUCGCUGGCGCUGUCAGAGGCCUUGUUGUUUCUCUUGGAGAAAGCCUAUUGGGAAUGGAAUGUCAUCUUUUGCAAGAUAUUAGAUAAGGUUACUAAUGAGUGUGAAUUGGGAACAUCACCAUCAGGUAUGGUUGCAACUAGAAGAUUUUUCUAUGAUGCAUAUUCGCUUUGUGUUAAUGGAAGCAUUUUCGAUGGCUUGAAAAUGGAUAUGGUUUCAUUUGCAAUGGAUCUCCUGGCCUCAAACUUCCCCGAAGAACAGCUCAUGGGGGCUCAAAUUCUCCAAACAUUUGCUGCAAGUAAGCGAUUCUCAGAUGACACCCUCCAAAAGAUAGGCAUAAACUUGUCUGUGAUGGAAAGACUGGUAGAAAUGCUAAACUGGAAAGACCCUCAGGAAGAACAGAUCAGGAAAUCAGCAGCAGAAAUUGUAGCACAGCUUGCUGGAAAGAAACAGAAUUCCCUUCGUGUAGCCGGUAUACCAGGCGCGAUGGAAUCAAUAGCAUCCUUGCUUCACAUUAGCAGGAGUGUGGGUGAUGCAGCUGAUGAGAUACCUGAAAAGAAGAUCAUCUUUGAUGAUGAAAAUUACAGUUAUUGGACAUUCAACCAUUUAGGGCUCACAAUUUUGAAGAAGCUCGCACGGGAUCAUGACAAUUGUGGCAAGAUAGGCAAUACAAGAGGCCUUCUUCCAAAAAUCAUAGAUUGUACUCAUGCAGGACAUAGGCUGUUGACACACGAAGCAGCCUCGUCGUCACAGAUUCAAACAGUGAAACGAUCUCUGCAAGUUGUCAAAAUGCUAGCGAGCACAACCGGUUCCACAGGCAAACAACUCAGGAAAGAGAUUUCAGAAAUAGUUUUCACAAUCAGCAACAUCAGAGACAUAUUAAGAUAUGGAGACAGACAUCCUCAAUUACAAAAGUUGGGAAUUGAGAUACUAAGGAAUCUGGCAAUAGAAGAGGAUGCGACCGAGAUAAUUGGAGGCACUGGUGGAGUCCUGAAGGAGUUGUUCAACAUCUUUUUUAAGGAAACAAUUGACGAAAAGCACAAAGAAGUGAAGGUCGCCGCUGGAGCAGCACUGGCAAUGUUGGCAUUCGAGAGCGAGUGCAAUUGCAUACGCAUUUUGAAACUAAAUGUAAAUGAGAAGCUUGUUGAAGCAUUGGAAGAUCCAAUACUUAGGAUCAAUGCAGCCAGAAUCCUGCGAAAUCUAUGUGCUUUCAGCGGAGAUGAUUGCUUUGAUCAGCUAAAAGACAUCACUGCUGCAGGACCAACGGUUCUCAGAGAGAUCAUGACUGAAGAAAUGAAGUUACAGGAAGUAAUGAUAGGAUUAGGCGCCCGUGUUUUCGCCUUCAUGACAUCGCGCCAAUCAAGCGUCAUGUUUCAGAAAGCCGGCAUUACAGAAGUGCAAAUGGCUAAUAAACUUGUUCAACUCCUGAAGGCUUAUCCGUAUCCAUCCAUCAAGGUUCCGCGAAUGAGGAGGUUUGUUCUGGAGUUGGCAAUCUGGAUGAUGAAAGACAAGAAGCAAAAUAUUAGGAUUUUCAGGAAUUUAGGAAUGCAGAUGCAGCUGGAAUACAUGCUGGACACCAUAUCUGAUAUUGAGAGCUUUAACAUCUUCUCUGGAACAGUCGGGCUGAGCCGGCAUAGAACCACCGUUCAUUCAUUAGUUGAAUCAGCAAUGCAGCUUCUGGCUGAUGGUUAA